AUGCUUGAGUCGCAGCGAGCUUGGUUUGUGAGUGAAGCUCUUGUUCGACGGCCCAGUGGCUGUAUUGUAAUGCUGAAUCUCAUUUGGCUGUGCACACAGAUCGUCCAAGAUGUCGGAUCCGAGGAUCGUUGUUUUCUGGCCCACCCACGUUGGCAAGCACUAUUCGAGGCUUCUGCAAGACCAAGUGCCGUCGAAUGGCCUUCGGGCUUCUCGCUACGUGCGCAGCUUUGUGAUUUCCUUGUCCAAAUCCCGGAACUCAUCACAGAAGUCUCAAACAUUGUCGAGUCUUUGAAUACAAAUGCUGUCGUGUCGGUUGGCCUUGCGGACCGGCACCAAAGUGCUCUGCUUCGAACAUCAUCCAUCAAGAAGUCGGUUGAAGGCUGGUAUUCCACGGACCUAGAACCCCGAAGGUCCCUUGUCACCCUACAGCCAGAUGACGAACAGCCCAAUAGCGACCACCUGGCAGCAUAUCUAGCGUCAGCUACUCAGACGGAAUUCCCUCAGCCGGAUCUACUCAUAAUGAUCGUUCAUUGUGUUUCGAAUCACCUUAUGGUCAGAUUGGACACAUUAUUGUCGAGUCUGAUCUCGAGUUCACCCUAUGACAUCGACAGAACAGGCCUUUGCCCUUGUUUGGCAACUAUGCUGACAAGGAGAGAUGCCGCCUUCCAAUAUUGGAACGUCGUCAAGUCUAUCUCUCAGGUAGCUGCAAAGCCCCUGGAAUAUGGCAUACGGCAGCUUUGGGCCAACGAUACCGCAGGUCUUGACCCUUUUGCUUGA